CUGUAAUUCAACUAAGGGAAGAAGGAGUAAGGCGGAAGUAGUCGACGGCGCCAAUUAUGUUUGUCGUUUUCUCUUUUUUAAGCGACUUCCAAUGACCAGUGAGUUGGUUACUUCACUUGUUGCCCUUUUCAACAUCUAAAUUGCUCAUUGCACCUCGAGCUCUAUCAUGCCUUUAUUAUCUUUGGACGGAGUCGAAGUGCAGUUUCCUUUCCGUCCGUAUGAGUGUCAGAAGGACUACAUGAUGAAAGUUAUUGAUUGCCUAAAAAGGGAGGUUAAUGGAGUUCUGGAGAGUCCCACAGGCACUGGAAAAACCUUGUGUCUACUAUGUGCCACCUUGGCAUGGAGGGAGCACUUCAAAGACACCAUCACUGCGCAUAAAAUAGCAGAAAGACUGGAUGAGAGAAAGAUAUCCGCUGAUAAUUUUCUUGCAUCUUGGGGACCAGCUUCAGAAGAUGGUUCAUCGCCAACCUCCUACAGUGCUGUUCCGAAAAUUAUCUAUGCAUCACGGACACACUCGCAACUUAGCCAAGUUGUUAAUGAGUUAAAGAACACAUCAUACAAACCUAAAGUGUCCGUGUUGGGGUCAAGAGAGCAGUUGUGUAUCAAUCCAGAGGUGAUGCGUCAGGAAAGCAACCAUGUCAAGGUCCAUAUGUGUCGAGCAAAGGUCUCCACAAGGUCAUGUCCCUUCUACAACAAUGUUGAAGAGAAAUCCACUGACAAAGAAUUGGUGGAGGAAAUUGUGGACAUGGAGGACCUGGUCAAAUUUGGCAACAAAACACGUACUUGUCCUUAUUAUCUCUCGCGUUCCUUAAAACAGCAGGCUGACAUAAUAUUUAUGCCUUACAACUACCUGCUGGAUCCAAAGAGCCGCAAAGCUCACAACAUCGAUCUGGCUGGGUCUGUGGUCAUCUUUGAUGAGGCUCAUAACGUAGAAAGGACGUGUGAAGAGUCAACAUCAUUUGACUUGACUCCAUAUGAUCUGGCCUCAGCCAUUAAUGCACUUACACGAUUGUUAAGUGAACAUGCUCAGGAAGCCAGAUUUGAGGAAACUUCUCAAGUUUCAGGUCUAAAAACAGAUGUCAAAGUUGUUGCUAAACUCAAAGAGAUUUUCUUGAAACUGGAGGAGGCUAUUGAUUCCUUUGAGGUUCCGGAUGACAGAGGCAUAACAAAACCUGGAAUUUUCAUAUAUGAGCUGUUAGAGAGAGCCCACUUGACAUACGACACCAAGGACACCGUGUCUGAAGCUCUGGAGCAGAUCGUUGGAUACUUAGCAGGACAGCCAGGGAUAUUUCUUAACACGGGUGGGUUGCAGAAGCUCUUGGAUAUCAUGCAGAUGGUGUUCUCUGGCGCCGUAUCAUCACAGAAAGACUGCAAAAUGACAAUGGAAGCUAAUACAGCUCAUUUUAAGGUUCACAUCCAUAAAGACACCAGCACUCAGAAAAAACAAAAAAAUGGCGACCUGUGGGCUUCAUCUUCAAAGAAAGCAGGAAACAUUCUGAGUUAUUGGUGUUUCUCUCCGGGCUUCAGCAUGCAGGACUUGAAGAAUCAAGGUGUUCGGUGCAUCAUUCUGACCAGCGGUACCCUGUCUCCCCUGAGCUCCUUUACCUCUGAGAUGAGAAUACCGUUUUCAGUGUCUCUGGAAAACAGCCACGUGAUUCGGCGGGAUCAGAUCUUUGUUAGUGUCAUUGAGCACGGUCCAGAUAGGGUUCCGUUGAGUUCAGCGUUUAAUAGAAGACUUGAUCCUGAAAACUUGUCGUCUUUAGGAAACACAGUGGUAAACCUGACCCGGAUUGUACCCGAUGGGCUCCUUUUGUUUUUUCCCUCCUUCUACUUAAUGGAAAAAACCUUGGAGUUCUGGAGAGACAAUGGACACGCAGAUCGGAUUGAGAAUUUAAAGCCAAUGUUUGUCGAACCAAAAGGGAGGGGACCUUUUGCCGAGGCUAUUGAAGGUUAUUACAACAAAGUGAAUGACUCCCAAUCAAGAGGUGGAAUCUUUACCGCAGUGUGUCGUGGAAAGGCUAGCGAGGGUCUGGAUUUUGCAAAUACAUUUGGUCGUGGAGUUAUCAUCACUGGACUCCCCUUUCCACCGAAGUUCGACCCUCGAAUUGUUUUAAAGAUGCAAUUCUUAGAUGAGAUGAACCAAGGGAAAAUAGCGGCACCUGGCCAGAAGUUACUUACAGGGCAGGAGUGGUACAGAGAGCAAGCUUUCAGAGCUGUCAACCAAGCUAUUGGCCGAGUCAUUCGCCACAAGGAUGACUAUGGAGCCAUCUUUCUCUGUGAUCAGAGAUUUAAAAGUAGAGAUGUACAAUCUCACCUUCCAGCAUGGUUGAGGCCUUAUGUGCGUUCUUAUGACAACUUUGGGAACAUUAUUCGGGAUGUCUGCCAUUUCUUCAGGGUCGCGCAGAAAAUGAGGCCUCUGUUGAAGAAGAAUCCUGCACCCGAUCCCUCAGCGUUACCUGCAAGCAGUUCCCAUUCAUCUGGUGAUACCUCAUUCACACCCUCCCAGAAGCCAGACACUCAGAAGGCCAAAAUGCUGGACGUGCACACUUCCACUCUCAAAAGGAGGAGAACUGAUGAAGAUACGGAAUACGCUGGUAUUUUCAAACAGUAUGAGUCUCAGACUCAAAAGAGAAAACUAAAACCAGGCAACCUGUUUGAUGCCCUCGAGCAAGUGGAGCACCAAAGAGGAGGCAUUGGCGCUUGUGGAUUACAGACGCAAAGCAAUCUCUCCACACUGUCACUUCAACAUGACAAGAGAAUGGAUGAGAUGAUGCGUGGAGUCAAACGCACAAUAAAAUUGAUCCAAGAACAGAGGCCAAGCGUUUCUGGAUCUGAUACUGGAGAUGGAAAAAUCAACAUUGCUCGGUCAUUUCUGUUAGAAAUGAAAUCAUCCUUGAGCCAGGUCAGCUUUGAGCAAAUUCGCCAGGCUCUGGUCGCCUACAAGAAGGAUGACAACCUGGACAAUCUGCUGUCUGGCACGUCUUUACUAACCCUUGACCCUCAUACUUACAGACUUUACCGUGGUUUAUACCCCUUUGUACGACCACAUCACAGAAAGGCAUUUGACGAGAAAUGCGUGGAGCUGACCGGUGAUGGCUGUGGCUUCAAGCCAGAACAUUCGGUGAAAAGUGACGAAAAGAAAUCAACGAUGUCACAUAGUGAUGGACAACCCAGUGAGCCUUCGUCAUCCAGUUCCAAUUCAACAUCGGAUGCGCAAGUGAAUGGAGAGAAACUCAAACAGGACGCAGAGAGAGAAACUCGGCUCGACGCUAUGGAAAAGAGGAAAAUCCUGACUACCUUUCUGCGAGACGUAAAAAAAGCACUCGGCCCAGAUAGAUCACUUCAACUCUGUCAAGCUGUUAACGCUUACAAGACGACAGACAACUAUGAAAAUAUGGUGACUACUGUCGUGGCCUUAUUCACAGAGAGAGAAAAAGACUUCCACCUUUUAUGCAGAUUCGGCAAUGUCAUUCGCCCUCACCAUAAGAGGCAGUACAAAGAGAAGUUGAGAGAGUUGAUGGGUCAGAAUGUUCACACUGCUCCUGGCGAAACAGACCUGACAAAAACAGAGAAAAGUCAAUCAAGCGCAUGAUUUUACUGUUACUUCCAAAGUAUUUGAAACUCAGUGCAAUGCCUGUUUAUAUGUACUGUCCAGUGUAUGCAAUAAUGUUAUGAUUGGUACAAUUAUAUUUUUUUUACUUAAAUAAAGUGAACCUUCAUUUCA